AUGAGGCACAUUCACCAAUUACUCGCCGUCGGAGCGAGCUUGUCUUCAAUCGUACAGGCCGUCGAUACUGUCGUCGAUGUUGGUUACGCGAAAUAUCAGGGAGCUGUCGGCAUUCAGUACGCUGCACCACCCGUGGGAAAGCUACGUUUCGCAGCGCCGCAGGAUCCCGUCGUUUCUGGUCUCAUCAACGCUACUACACACGGUGCAACAUGCCCACCCAGUCGUCCUGAUGACUGGACUGUUUCUGAAACCUACUCACGCUUUCAUAUCGCUGAAGACUGCCUCUAUUUGAGCGUGUAUGCACCUUCCAAGGCUACCACCAAGUCGAAAUUACCAGUUGUGGUUUUCUUCCAGGGAGGUGGUUUCAUUUCGCAGUCUAGCGCUAACUGGGAUCCCACCGAAAUUGUUGCGGAUGGCCAAGUCGUAUUUGUUCAAUUCAGCUACCGUGUGGGCCUGUACGGUUUCCUCAACGGCAAAGCGGUGAAGGAAGGAGGUGGCGAUGUCAAUGCUGGCAUACGCGACCAGAUCAAGUUGCUCGAGUGGGUCAAGAAGCACAUCAGUCAAUUCGGUGGUGAUCCAGAUCAUGUUGUUCUUGAUGGUGUCAGCGCUGGUGGAACAUCUGUUGCGCUCAUGAUGGCGGCAAAUACGGGCAAAAGGUUGUUCGUAGGUGGCAUUAUGGAGUCAGGCCCUUGGGUAACAAUGCGUACGCCAGAGCUGGGUGAGGAGCAAUAUCAAUGCUUGCUUCAGGAUAAGGGUUGCGCCAAUGCGACUGACGGCCUUUCUUGCCUACGCGCGCUCAACGAGUCGGCCAUCCGAUCUUCCAACUGCUGGUUCAAUCCCAAUAUCGACGGGGAGCUAUUCACUGAUUCGCUCGUGAACCUCUUCAAGCAGGGCAAGUACGCCAAGGUACCGACUAUCAUGGGCACUUGCGCAGAUGAAGGUACCAGGAACGCCCCACAGAGUCUCAACACCUCAAGCGAUGCAGCGAAAUGGUUAGGAGGCCAGGACCCAAGUCUAAGCAACUCUUCCAUCUCAAUCCUUAGCGACCUCUACUUGAAGGUGACGAAGCCCGCCUUCCCUGGUAAAGGACUCUUCUGGCCUGACGCCUCCAAUGCGAUCGGUGAUAUCGGUAGCCAUUGCCCAACACGGAACAUCCAGAACGCCAUUGCACGCGACAACGUGCCUACAUACAAUUACAAGUACAACGUGCUGGACCCAGCCGACCAAGCAUCCGGCUUAGGCGCCUGGCAUACCGUCAACGUCUACGCUUUCUGGGGCUUAAAGCGCACUGAUGGCCAAGAGCCAGCCAGCUACUCUACCACCAACAAGCCCAUCAUCUCUCAGGUACGCAGCUACUGGACAAGUUUCAUUCGCAACUUGGACCCCAAUACCGACCGCGCCACUCGUGCUGCUGAGUGGAAGCCGUACACUGGUGCAGACUCGCGUGAGAGACUGCUCAUUCAGACGAACAACACGAGGAUGGAGCGUAUGAGCCCUGCACAAUCACUGCGGUGUGAUGUUGUUACGCCAAUGAGCAAUAACCUCGGAAAGCCAGUUGGAAAGGGUGUUGUAACCGAGCUUGAUGCGAAGUUGGCACAAAAGGUGGCCGGUGCAAGUGAGAGUACUGCGAUUGGAAAGAGGAGGAUGGCAUCUAGAUCUUAA